AUGGACGGGGUGCUUUUAUUCUUUCUCUAUCAUCAGGUGAAGUAUCACUAUAUUAGAAGAUGGAAGUCACAAGUUCAGUAUUUAUCCUUCAUCUCGUUAUAUGCCAAAGAUGAAUCGGGAGAACCAUUGCGGUUGAAUUGCUGUCGACAAUCUGAUUUUGUUGACAUUUCCAGUUCUAGUGAUAGUGCCUGGGCAUUUUGGAGGGCGCUUCCAUACAAACAUGACAUCUAUGAUGGUGAUGUUGACUUGGAGACAUAUCUUCCACAAACUAAAAAUAUAUUUUAUCUUGUGAACAAGAAGAAUGAUUGUGCUUUAGCUUUUGUUAAUGGGGUCCUGGAAGUUGUCAGCAAUCCUGGACACCCGUUUAAGUUUAAAGUAUUUCAUGAUCCUUCUCCAUAUGUUGGCAAUGUUUUAUUGGAUGGCAUUCUAGAGAAGGAAUUUGGAAAAAUCAUGCUACAUGAUUCAUGUAUAAGUGAGGGAAAAGAUAUUAGUCAGCGAGGAAGUUCUUUUGGUGUAACUGUGUCGGUGGACAAGGUUUCUUUGACCAUCGUCCAUGAACUUUCGGACUCCAAGGAAAAGUAUCCCCUCCUCCAGGGUUCAAUUAGUACUACUGAAGUUGUUAUACAGAUAUCGAAUGCUAAAGUUCGGGUUAUGAGCAGGCUGGAGAUUUUGCUGUAUUACUUUGACUCCCAGAAAAAUAUGUGGAGAGAACUCAUGCAUCCAUUAGAAAUUGAUGUUUUCUACCGCUAUAGAUUUCAGACCCAGGGAUCAGAAAAUAUUAUCCACUGGGUGCCUGGCCAUUUCUAUGCUAGAUUGAAAGAGUUGAGUAUGACAAUGACUGAGCUUUCUUUGGACAUUAUUCUCUUUGUCAUUGGGGAGUUGAAUCUGGCCGGUCCUUACUCUGUAAGGAUCUCGACAAUUUUGGCCAAUUGCUGCAAGGUUGAAAACCAGUCAGGCUUAUCCCUUAUUUGUCAGUUCUAUGAUAAUCAAGAUGUAUCAGUUGCAGGAAGACACUCCACUACCAUUUUCUUGAGGCACUUGGCUUUGGCAAAUCGGCCUCCGGAAGCGUCAUUCUUCUCUAUCCAGCUUACGGAGAGAGGAUUUCUCUCUACUUCUCCACUUCAUCUUUCACUCUUGGACACCCAGUCAUUCGCGUGGAGACCACGUAUAGUAUCUCUACAAGAGUCAAAAACUUUCCCUGGUCCAUUUCUUGUGGCUGAAGUUUCACCCAGGACUGAGGAUUGCUUGACAAUCGUCGUCUCUCCAUUACUAAAGAUACACAAUGAUACUGAUUUCUCAAUGGAGCUGCGUUUUCAACGCCCUCAGCAUAAGGAAGUUGAUUAUGCUUCUGUGAUGCUUAAGGCCGGGGACACAGUUGACGAUUCUAUGGCAGCCUUUGGUGCCAUAAAUCUCUCUGGCGAACGAAAGAAGACACUAAAUUCUUUGAGUGUUGGUAAUUUCCUAUUUUCUUUUAGACCUGAAGUUACAGAUGACUUAACAAAUUUUGAGAAUCCAUCAGCUUGCUGGUCGGAUGAUCUUAGAGGUGGAAAGCCUGUUCGACUAUCUGGGAUAUUUGAUAAACUUACUUACCAAGUGCGGAAAGCAUUUUCCUUUCAAUCAAUGAAAUAUUCUUUAAGUACAGCACAUUGUGAUAUUAAGUCAAAGGAUGGACGUGUAGCAAAGAUUCAUUUUCUGAUUGAAAGCACUGGGAAAGAUGUACCUAUCGUACAUCCAGAUAACUUUGGGUAUGCGCGUGUAGAUAAAAGUUCGCCAGUUGCCUUGCAAGAGCAGAAAGAAAUCUUUCUGCUUCCUACUGUUCACUUCUCCAACUUCUUAGAUAUGGAGAUUCAUGUGAGACUCAGUGAUACAGGUCUGCCGUCUACUAAUGGUGUUGACUGCAUAUGCAAUGAGGCAACUAUUCCCUCUGCGUCGUCUGUAAACUUAUAUACAAAUCCUGCUGCUAUUUAUUUUAUUGUUACCUUAACUUCAUUUGGUACAAGCUGCAAACCAAUAAAUAGUAGCGACAGUGCGAAACGGCUGCAGAAGCGCAAAACUAAAGUUCAGUUUUUGGAUAUCGAAUUAGAUUUUGGCAAUGGCAAGUAUUUUGCAUUGCUUAGAUUAUCUCGUGGACAGAGAGGGAUAUUGGAGGCUGCUGUCUUUACUUCUUACACCUUGGAGAAUAAUACCGAAUUUUCUUUAUUCUAUUUUCCUGCAAAUCACAAGCUUGUUUCUAGGCACGAGGUGGAAAAUAUUGCUUCUGCGGUGCCUCCAGAAUUAGGAUCUUAUCUUCCUCCCGGAUCAACAAAAUCAUGGUUCAGCAAAUGCCACAAGGUGCACAUUACACUCUUGGAUGAGAGAGCCUCUAAAGCACCCUUGGACUUGGAUGCUUUAUCAGGCCUUACGGAGGUGAACCUUGAAGUGGAAGGAAAAUCUGGUUCCAAAACUGUUACAAAGUUAGGAGUUUCUUUGAAACCAUCUGUUAGCAAAGUAGUUCCACUGCAGGUUGUAUCAAUGUAUCCCAGAUACGUCAUACUAAAUGAGUCAGAUGAAGUCAUCACUGUCCGUCAAUGUUUUUUGGAGGAGGAUGGGACUGACACAACUGUUACACUCAACAGUAAGCAGAGAGCAGCUUUAACUUUGAGGAGUGGAAAUGGGAUGGCAACAAUUAAAAGACGCACCCUCUUUGAGAAUUUUCUCAAAAAGCAUUCAAAAUCCCAAAAUGAUUCGUCAUUUUUUGUCCAAUUUCAACCCAAUAAGGCCAGUUUCUCCUGGUCUGGGCCAGUUUGUAUUGCUUCACUUGGACGAUUUUUUCUUAAAUUCAAGAAGUCGACCGAGUAUUCUGUUCAACAACCAGAUCCUGCAACUCAGCAUAACUCAUCCAUGUGUGAAUUUGCCACUGUUCAUGUGGUUGAAGAUGGUCCUACAAUUGUUUUACGCUUCUGUUGGCCAGCAAAUAUGGACCUGCCUUACCGGAUUGAAAAUCGCUUGGAAAAUACUUCUAUUACAUAUUAUCAGAAGGAGGGUUUAACAGAGCCGGAGGUUUUGGCAUCUGGAAGUAGUGUUGGCUAUGUCUGGGAUGACCUGACACAUGCUCAUAAGCUUGUUGUCCAGAUUGACGCUGUACAUCUACUACGUGAAAUAAACUUGGAUAAAGUACGUGAAUGGAAACCAUUUUACAGGAUUAAGCAACAGAGAGGUCUAGGGUUUCACUUACCUCUGGAAAAGAAGACAGAAGAUUCAAAGAAAAAUAGAUAUGGGCAGUUAACUGGCAUGGAGAUCAUUAAGUUGGGUUAUGAAGUAUAUGCAGAGGGCUUGACUAGGGUUCUGAGAAUUUGUGAGUUUUCUGAUAGACGCAGAGGGGACACUUCAUUCCAUUCCUGCACAAAGAUGCAGCUAAGAAUUUCCUAUUUUGCAAUUCAAUUACUGGAACGUGCAAAGCAACUUGAUUUCAACCUCGAUGAAGAGACAUUAAUGAGAAUUGUUCCUUUCUGGAGAACGUCCCUCAGCGAUACAAAUACUCCAAGUCAAAAGUAUUACAUUGAUCAUUUUGAGAUCCAUCCUGUUAAGGUUGUGGCAAGCUUUCUUCCUGGGGAAUCUUAUGCCAGCUAUAGCUCCACGCAGGAGACGCUAAGAUCUUUACUUCACAGUGUUAUAAAGAUACCUACCAUAAAAAAUAUGAUAGUAGAGCUCAAUGGCAUCCUUGUAACUCAUGCAUUGGUCACUUUCCGGGAGUUGUCAAUUAAAUGUGCCCAACACUAUUCCUGGUACGCAAUGAGAGCAAUCUACAUUGCAAAGGGAAGUCCCCUGCUGCCACCAGCUUUUGCUUCUAUUUUUGAUGACCUAGCUUCAUCAUCUCUCGACGUUUUCUUUGAUCCUUCUAGUGGGCUUCUUAAUCUUCCUGGACUCACCAUUGGUACUUUCAAACUCAUUAGUAAAUGUAUUGAUGGUAAAGGGUUUUCUGGAACAAAAAGAUACUUCGGUGAUCUAGGGAAAACUUUAAAGUCAGCAGGAUCAAAUAUCCUUUUUGCUGCUGUCACUGAAAUAUCAGACUCGGUUCUGAAAGGAGCAGAAGCUAGCGGGUUAAAUGGAAUGGUGUAUGGUUUUCAUCAAGGAAUACUUAAAUUGGCAAUGGAACCUACGUUACUGGGGAGUGCUUUCAUGGAAGGUGGCCCUGAUCGAAAAAUUAGGCUUGAUCGAAGCCCUGGGGUUGAUGAGCUUUACAUUGAAGGGUAUCUGCAGGCCAUGUUAGAUACAUUGUAUAAGCAAGAAUACCUGACAGUCAGAGUCAUUGACAACCAGGUUAUCCUCAAGAACCUACCACCAAGCAGUUCUCUUAUAGAGGAGAUUGUGGAACGCGUGAAGGGAUUUCUUAUGAGCAAAGCAUUGUUGAAAGGAGAUCCUUCAAUAGCUUCUCGUUCCUUGCGUCACAUUAGAGGGGAACGUGAAUGGAAACUAGUACCAACAGUGCUGACCUUGUUUGAACACCUUUUUGUGAGUUUUGCAAUUCGGGUGUUACGGAAGCAAGCUAGUAAAGUAGUUGGGAAAGUAAAUUGGAAGCAGAAAGUUGAAGCUGAUGAUCAAAAAGCCAUUGUACCCACAUCUGGGGGUGGUUACCAAAAGCUGAGCUUUGUCUGGAAAUGGGGAAUCGGAAAGUUUGUUUUGUCAGGGAUGCUAGCAUAUGUGGAUGGACGAUUAUGUCGCUAUAUUCCUAAUCCUAUAGCCAGAAGGAUUGUUAGUGGCUUCUUGUUAAGUUUUCUGGAGAGAAACGACGAAUAAUUAUCGUUUUCUUAAGCUUUGUCAUUAAAUAUAAAUGGCAAGUGCACUUUAUUCAGAGGUUUCCUUAUCAAAGGAUAAAGAUCACCCCCUCCCCUUUCAAUCAUAUGAUGAUAUUUGAUUGGCUAUGGAAUUUAAGAAAUAUUUUCGAUACAAAAGUUAAUUAUUUAUAAUAUCCCAAAUAUCUAGUAUCUAGAGGUUAAUGGUUUGGUUUUCGAUGUGUAAUGUCAUCUUUAGGCGAACAGGUUGUAACAGUUAACCAUGAAGGGUAUGAUUGGAGGAGGAAUGCCCUUAGAUCAUGAAUGAAUUGUGUUACUUCGUUUUAUAUA